AUGUCCGCACCCAAAAUCGUCCUCGCAAGCGGCCCCAUCGGCCUCUCCCUUCUCAACUCCCUCCUAAACGCAGGUUUACCAGUAACAGUCCUAACCCGCCAAAGCAACACCCAGCACACCUUGACCCCCCGCGCCCAAGUACUCCAUGUAGACUACAACUCUCUCACCUCCCUGCAAGCUGCUCACUCGAACCACGAUAUCCUCAUCAAUGACCUUCCCCCCAGAGAUCUAAACUUCCACCUCCGCCUCAUCGAUGUCCCCCUCGCAGCUGGAAUCAAACGCCUCCUCCCCUCCAAAUUCGGGUCCGACACCACCAACCCCCUCGCCUCGAAGCUCCCCGUCUACGCUAACAAGAUCGCUUCGGACCUUUCCUAUACUCUGUUGAUCACGGGUACGUUUCUGGAGUUUGGGUUGAAGACGGGGUUCUUUGUUGAUCUUUCCGGCCCGAAGGUGGAGUUGUUUGAUAGGGGCAAGAGGAAGGUGAGUAUUUCGACGAUGGCGGGGGUUGGGAGGGUUGCAGUGGGAGCUAUGAGGUUUGUCAGCACGGAGGAAUUGGGAUGGAGGGCUGUUGAGGAGUUGGGAAAGGAGGAACCGGAUCUAGGAAUUGUUGCGUUGGGGUUUUUGAGGAGGGCAGUUUUUGGGGAGGGCUCUGGGGGGCUUUUUGAGGAGGGGAGGCUUGCGAAUGAGGCUCUGGGGGUUCGGGGGUUGAGGGAGGAGGAGGUUAGGGAGGUGGUUUUGGGGGUUGUGGGGUGA